AUGACUGGUCAGAGCAGCAGCGUGGAGGUGGCCCCUCCGUCCCGGUCCAACCAGAGGACAUUUGUGGAUGAUGUCAUCUUAACCUUCACUUCACCGAUGGCCUGGCUGCUGAUUGUGGCUCUGAUCAUCACGUGGUCAGCUGUGGCCGUCGUCUUGUUUGAUUUGCUUGAUUAUAAAACUCUAACAGACUACACGUCAUACUGUGACGACCCCGUGUGUUUAUCACCUGGUCUCCCUCCUCCAUCAGCCUUCGGCAAAAGGGGUUUUAAGGCUCGAGUUGGAGUUCGCGCAGUUAAGUCAGGCCCAGCUGUCAUCGAGACUCAGGAGAGCUCUGAUUGGCUGGAGAUGGUUUGGACGUUUGUAGCCAGUCUGGUCGCGCCUGAUCAGGAAGAGGAAGGUAUUCAUCACCUAACUGAAACCCUCACAUCUUUCCAUUCAGAGGAACUCUGAGUAAAAGGAGGUGGAAUUAAAACAAGAAAAAUGGACGUGAUAUGUGGAGGGAAAGUGUGAAUAAGGAGGACGAACCAGUUUGAAAUGAUCUGAACAUGUCUAACACAAGUAUAAAAGAAAAUGAGUGGAACUUUUAAAAAAAAGGCAUCACGUCAGAGAAAUGUUUGUUUCUGUGUGUUCACAGUAAUUUGCUCAAUAAAAGAUCGACAUUAAAA